ACCCCGAAACAUGUUCAUAAAUAAAUGGACAGACAAUGUUCUUUACGCAAACAUAUCAAAAUCUUCUUGGCUUAGACUUGGGACUUUACGGUAAGAAGUUAAAAGGGUAAGACUUGUGUGGACCAGUUAGACCGGCUUUCGUGAAGAACCGCCUGCCCCGCCCGCCCCGGCACUUAAACUAAACGGUCAUUAACACUACCGACAAUAUCGAAGUAGAGAAGACACAUUUGCACAUCACAGCUUCUUCCUUAAAUUUUUUUUUUUUUUUUUUAGAAAUUCGCAAUUUUGUUGAGGGACAGAAUUGUAUGAUUUGAGCAAAAUGCCUAACACGUGUUGGUGGAGGUGAAAGGUCAGUCCUCUGCACCAUCCACAGCUCAGAAACUAAUAUAGACCAAGAGUCCAGGCUGUUUCAUCUGUGUUCCAGUGGGUUAGGGACAUGAUGUACCCCACCUUUGCGGAGGAGAAGGCCAGACACAAGAAGAAGCGUCUGGUGCAGUCCCCCAACGGCUACUUCAUGGAUGUCAAAUGCAUGGGCUGCUACAGGAUCACCACCAUCUACAGCCACGCCCAGACGGUGGUGCCCUGCGUUGGAUGCUCCUUGAUUCUCUGCAGGCCACGCGGGGGGAAAUGCAAGCUCACCACAGGCUGUGCCUUCAGAAGGAAGUAUCAGUGAGCUGCGACGUCGCGGCACACCCACAGCUGGCAAGGUCACCCAUCUGACAGCUUUAGUCCCGACACCUCAUUAGACAAUCCGGAGAAACGAAUGCCGUCUCUCCACAGCAUAGAAGCUGCCUUGCUAGAGGGUACCACAACCCCUCCUAUUAUCUUUAUCAUGCUCACUUUCAUUUGGCUUUUUGACCAAAACUUUCAUUUUCAUUUAAUGUCAAAGUGAAAACAGAAUUAGAAAAUUGGUGUCAGUGCAUUAAAAUAUACAAACUA